AGUUGGGAUGUUUUGUCGUCUGUAAAUGUUCGAGAUUUCUACAAAACAGAAAGCGAACGCCGUUAAACCCGGGGCAUGAUUAGAUGAGGAGUUAGGGCUGCGGGUUGUGUCGAUAAUCUCCUCUCAGGUUGUUUUUCUCCUGGUUUUACCUCCAACCAGAGAUCCGCUGAGUCCCAGGCGGCCAUGAUGAGCUCCCCGGCCUCCAUGCACGUUCAGCUCGCUGCUGUCAUAGAGGAUCUGGCCCAGGCUGCAGUGGCAGAGCUGCUGAGGCUGGAGGAGGAGAGGCUGGUCAGCAGGACCCAAGGGCCCGGCGAGGAGAGACACGAGGCGGGGAGACUGCAGGCGGAGGACGAGGAGAAGUUGGUGAGAUUUGCCUCCAUCAUGGAGACUCUGGGGAACGAAGCUCUGGGGAAGAUCCUGAACAUCAUUGACAAAGCCAGACUUGAUCUACAAUUGGGUCAAAGCAGUAAGAAGCCACAGCCCAGCAUCCUCAACAUCCUCAACAACACAACCCGGGCAGAUCUUGAGCACUCCUACGGAGUCAGAGACCAAAGCGUGACCCAGGUCAGAAGAGGAAGUGAUGCUUUGGAGGCGCCGUUUUUUCCAGCAGUCAGCAUUAAAGAUAAAGACGGGAAGAUUGACCUGGGAACCAUUAGAGAAAGAGCUUGUGUGGAAGCGGCUCCACAGUCUGAGCUGCAGAAGCCAGAGUCCUCUGCCGUCUCUGAAACUCACCUGUUGGUCUCCCUGAAGUCGUACCCCUGCUCUGUGUGUGAGAAGUCCUUCUCAUCUCAGAGCCACCUGAAGUCUCACCAGCUCAUCCACGCGGGGGAAAAGCCAUUCACCUGCAGCGUCUGCAGCAGCGCCUUCCACCAGCGGCAAAGCUUGCAGAGUCACAUGCGCACGCACGUCAGCGAGCGCCCGUUCGAGUGUCCUGAGUGCGGGAAGCGGUUCUCAAAGCCGGCUCAGCUGAAGAUGCACGCCGUCAUCCACACAGGAGAGAAACCAUACAGCUGCGAUGUGUGUGGCCGCCGCUUUAACCUGCCACAGAACCUGCAGCGCCACACGCUCACCCACACUAGAGAGAAGGUCUUUAUCUGCAAUGAGUGUGGAAAGGGCUUCACCCGUGCCGUCACCCUGAAAUCACACCAGCUUAUCCACACUGGCCAGAAGCCAUUUAAGUGCGAGCAGUGCCCCAAAGCUUUCCGCCAUGCGGUUAACCUGAAGAACCACCAGAGGAUCCACAGUGACCUGCGGCCCUAUAGUUGUGACCUCUGUGGGAAGACGUUCCGACAAUCUGUGAACCUGAAGAUCCAUCUCCGCAUCCACACAGGCGAGCGGCCUUUCAGCUGCCAGCAGUGCGGCAAGACGUUCAGCCAGCAGAGCAGCCUGAUCUCCCACAGUCGCACGCACUCCAUGGACAAGCCGUUCCAAUGCAAAUCCUGUGACAAAACAUUCAACAAUGCCAACAGCCUUAAGCUUCACUUACGCAUUCACACAGGAGAGAAACCAUAUAUCUGCGACAUCUGCGGCAAAGCCUUCAGCCAGGGAAGCCACCUGAGGACCCAUAAGCGGCACGUUCACGCCGGCGGCAAGCAGUUCAUCUGUGACAGGUGUGGCAAGAGGUACGCCGACCAGCGGUACCUGAAGCUGCACAAGUGCUGCUAUGCAUGAGCUGCUAAGAAACGGACCUACACUGAACUUUUCCACAGUGUUGUUGCCAUGGAGACCUCUCUUUCCACAACAAGGACAUCCUUUUCUGAUGUUUUGUUUAGUCUGAACUCUCAAUUUGAAUUAUGUUGAUUCUGAGGCCUCCUUUGAAUGUGUUUUAUAAAUUAUAAAGUAUAUUUUUCACUUUUUCAAAAGAUGAAUAAAUCUAAC